AUGGGAAAAAUGUUCAAAAGGUCGCAAGGAAUCAACUUUAUCCCAGACAUUGAAGACGGGUAUACGGAAACAACUGUCAAGUUGCCUGAACAAUUCAAGAUGCCACACAUUGAUAGAUUCGAUGGAUUUUGUGAUUCUAUGGUACAUAGUCGUUUAUUUUAUGAUGUUUUGAAGCCUUUGGGUUUGACUCGUUCACAAAAGCUAUCUCUAUGUGGACGAACUCUAUUAGGAGUAGCUGUCAUCUGGUAUGCCAAGGUAGAAGACUCAAUGAAACAGAGUUGGGAAGAACUAGCUGAGGCCUUUAUCACCCAAUAUGUAUAUAACACCCAAAUUGAAGGGACCACCUGGGAGUUAGAAGUAACCCAUCAAGAGCCCAAUGAAAGUUUUGUUGCCUUCAUUACCAGAUGGAGAGCCAAGGCGACAAUGAUGACUAAUAGACCACCUGAGAAAGAUCAAAUCCAUAUGGUGGUAAGAAAUUUGCCUGGCAAGAUGAUGCAAAAAAUGAUAGUUCUCCCAUUAUUCACUUUUAAAGAACUACAUGAAAUUGGUAUCCAGAUAAAAGAUGCAAUCAAGUACGGAAUUAUUGUCGAUGAUAAAGAGCCUGCACAGAAAACUUUCAGUCACAGUUCCAAUCCUACUACUAGUAGUAGCACAGCUGUGAAACCUUCUGAAGUCAACUCGGUUACUGCUACCACCAAAAUAGAUGAUCUUUUUGCCUAUAUCGGCUUACAAACAGCAAACCCAACCUGA